AUGGCUUCGGAUUCCCAAGAUAACCAAGAACACUCCGCUGUCACGGGCGCGAAAACACCACCAUCCAAUUUCACGGUCGUCAAAACAUACGACCCUAAGGGAGACCUCACUCUCCAUCGACUCUCCACUGCCACCGCUUUUACAUGUGGUCGAUGCAACAAAGAGAAAAAGGCGAAGCUUGUUGCUACAAACUGGAAGAGAUGGAAUGACCUUCGUUGCAAUGGUUGUUAUGGGAAGGUUCUUUCAGAGGGCUGA